AUGCAUCACAAAAGCUUGACUCCCGACAUUGUCACCUGUGGUUCCCGUGUCAAUGGUUUGUUCAAGUCAGGUAGAAUCUCUAGUGUGCAAGAUCUUAUUUAUGAGAUGCAUGCUAGUGGCCUUGCUCCAAAUAUGAUAUUGUGCAAUAUCUUAUUGGAUGGAUUGUGCAAAAAUCAACUUCUUCACCAGGCAGUUACAUUAUUUAAGCAAAUUGUUAACCUAAGAAUUCGGCCUGAUACUUACACAUAUACCAUGCUAAUUGAUGGUUUGUGUGUGGGGAAUAGGUUAAAUGAUGCACGACAGAUUUUCCAGCAUCUUUUUGUAAAUGGCCAUCCUUUGGAUGUGCAAACAUAUAAUGCUAUGAUCAAAGGGCUUUGUAAAGAGGGUUUGUAUGAUGACGCAAAGGCCUUGCUCUAUCGAAUGAAAGAGAAAGGAUGCCUUCCUAAUGGUGUAGCUUUUGAAACACUCAUUAUACGUCUUUUGGAAAAAGGUGAGAACGAUGAGGCAAAGAAUUAUGUUGACGAAUUAUUCAUCAAACCUACUUUAGCACGAGAACUUAUAGGUGCAAAAUUUGCUUGUUCCAGGUAUGGAACAAAAAGAGAGCACAACAAAUUAUUCAAUGGACCAUGUGCCCAACAGGACAAGCAAGUUGCUGAAAAUUCAACUGGUGGAAGAUCUUGUUCAAAGACUGAUUGCAAAGCAAGCAUGCGUGUAAAAAGAUGGCUUGAUGAAAAAUGGGUAAUACAUAGUUUUGUGAAGGAGCAUGAUCCUGAGCUUUUACCAGCUCAAGCUGUCAGUGAGCAAACAAGAAAAAUGUAUGCGGCAAUGGCUAGGCAGUUUGCUGAAUACAAAACUGUGGUUGGUCUCAAGAGUGAGAAAGUUCCAUUUGACAAAAGCUGGAAUUUGGGCUUUGAGUCAGGGGAUGACAAGUUCCUACUUGAGUUUUUUGGUGCAGAUGCAUAG